AUGUCCAAUGAUCAAAUUGACCCAGCCAAGCUGGAAGCAGGAGAUACCAGCGGAACUGCUUCCAGCACCGCUUCGCAGCAGCACAACGUGCACUCGUUGCAUCUGGACUACGGCCCGCUCGCCCACGUCAACACCGCGGAAACUCGCCUGCCACCAUUUGGAGGCGAAUUCCAGCCGGGCCUCUAUCGCUCCCCCAAGCACCGCAAGGUCGCUAACCCAGCCCCGCUGGGUCUAUGUGGAUUCGCCUUGACGACCUUUGUGUUGGGCUGUAUCAACAUGAAAGCGCGGAAUAUCGCAGAGCCGAAUAUCUUCAUCGGUGCGGCUUAUUCUUAUGGCGGCUUGAUUCAGAUUCUGUCGGGGAUGUGGGAGAUGGCUAUUGGGAACACCUUUGGGGCUACGGCGUUGACCUCCUACGGUGGAUUCUGGAUCGCCAUGGCCAUCACCUUCACUCCGGGGGGAUUCGAAAUCCAGAAUGAACUGAUGAAAGCCGAUCCUGACGGCUCGCUGGGCAUGUUCUAUGACUCCCUGGGGUUAUUCUUAAUGGGUUGGUUUAUAUUUACCUUUCUCAUGCUCCUCUGUACUGUCAAAUCCACCAUCGUGUUCUUCUCCCUCUUUCUGUCGGUCGAUGUCACUUUUCUCAUGCUGGGCACUGGGUACCUUCGUCGCAACGAGAAACAAGAGCCCAACGAGAAGAUCCUUAUGGCGGGCGGGUUCUUUGCACUGCUCGCCUCGUUCCUGGCAUGGUGGGUUGCCUUUGCUGGUGUCGCAGACAACAGCAACAGCUUCUUUAUUGUGCCCGUCUGGCAUUUCCCCUGGUCUCCCAAGGGGAAGGAGAAAAGGCAAAAAGAAUAA